AUGUCCUCAACACCGCAAGACACCAAACAAGAGGCCUCCGAGGCUCCCAAGCCGACCGAGGCCGGAUCGGAUGCCUGGAGCGACGAUAAGCGCCGCAAGUUUGAGACGAAAUCGAAGAGCGAGUACUACGACCCGUGCCAGGAGGCUGCGCAGAGGAGUUAUCGGUGCUUGUUCAGGAACGGAGGGGAUAAGUCAAUGUGUGGAGAGUACUUCCAGGCGUAUCGCGACUGCAAGCAAGCAUGGACUGAUAAACGGAGGAAGGAGGGCGGCGGCUGGUUCUAG